GGGUGCGUUCCAGUGUGUCAAUGUGGUCGUGCCGAAAUAAAAAUGUGCUUUCGUGAGUGGCCGAAAAAAAAGAAAGAAGCUUUUUUUUCUGGUCGCUGGACUGAGGAGACGACGAGAGAGUGAGAGAAGGAGAGAGCGAAGCGUGUACGAGCGCGCGCGGUUUAUGAAUCGGUCGCAGUAAGCGGUGCUGCCUGGAAGUGUGUGCGAGAGAGCGAGUGAGAGUUGGAUGGUUGGUUGGUGUGAGUGAGUGUGCGGCGUGAGGGGAGGAAAAAAAAGCCAAACCAGAAAAAGUAGGCGAACCGCGUGGUGGUGUGCGUGCGGCGGCAUGGCCUACUGUCGGGGCACGCCAGAGUUAGGGAGGAAUCGGUGAGCGAUUUUUAAAAACAGUUCCAUCUGAGACAUUGUGUGAAUUACAUGUGCUCUCGUCCGCCCCGAGAAGUACUACGCUUUUGGGAAGAGCGCGCGCAAUAUAGCUGAAGUGUGUGUUGUACAAGAGAGAUCUAUAACUUGCAGAAGUGCGUUUUUUGAGGAUUACUGGAGGAACGCAGCGGAUAACUGUGUGGGGGAAAAGUGCGAGUUUUAUUUGGGAAGUGAAGUUUAGAAGGAAGCUUCUGAGGAGUACGCAUGCCUAGGAGGCGACUUGAAGAUUAAGGCAGUGACUGUAUCAAGAAGAUUGAGAGUGCGAUCUUCCGGCUUGAGGAAGAUUAGUGAAAGCAAGUUGGAAGCCACAAGUGAACAGAUGCAUCUUCCGGCAGCGAGCAACGAGUGCCCAACUCCGCCGAAAAGUAUGACCGACAUGUUCUCGAGCUUGCACGAGAUGCUGCAGGAGUACCACGGCGAGCUGGUCCAGACCGGUUCGCCGGCGGUCCUGUGCUCGGUGCUGCCGACGCACUGGCGCUCCAACAAGAGCUUGCCGUGUGCCUUCAAGGUGAUCGCCCUGGACGACAUCCCGGACAACACGCUGGUCAAGAUCACGGCCGGCAACGACGAGAACUACUGCGGCGAGCUGCGCAACAAUACCGCCGUCAUGAAGAACCAGGUCGCCAAGUUCAACGAUCUGCGCUUCGUCGGACGUUCCGGCCGCGGCAAAUCGUUCACGAUCACGAUCAGCAUCAGCACGUACCCGUGCCAGAUCGCCACCUACACCAAGGCCAUCAAAGUAACCGUCGAUGGACCGCGGGAACCACGAAGUAAGCAAAACUUUGCCUACGGCCAUCCGGGCGCGUUCAACCCGUUCAUGCUGAACCCGGGCUGGCUGGACGCGGCGUACAUGAACUACGCCUGGUCCGACUACUUCCGGCAGCACCAGCAGCUGCAGGCCCAACAGACGGGCGGCGCCCAGCCCGGCCAGACCACGCCAACCGGAGUUGGAAAAGGAUCUCCAACGUUACCGGUGACACCGAACGGAACUCCGACCCAGACAACGGGUCCCAUGCUGCCGACUCCUCCGGCCGAUUUCAUGCCGGGAGCGGCGCCGAACGCCCCCAACGGACCGGCCCCGGUCCUGCCCAACGGAAUGACCUACCUGCCACAGUUCCCCUUCGGACCGCAGUCCCACUUCCUGCCUUACGACAUCUCACCACUUCGUGCCAACGGGCUCCGCACGGCGGCCGGUCCGCACCAGAUCCCCGCCACCAUGACCAUCCCCGGCGCCCCGGACUACAACUCCUCGUCCCGCCUCUCCCCGGCCUCUUCCCGCAACUCGACCUCCUCCCCUCCCUCCACGAUCAACGCGUCCCAAACCAAGAUCAGCUUCUCCCUAGAGCUGAACUCCACCGGCGAGCACUCCUCCGCCGAAGAGUCCGACGACGAGCACAUCGACGUGGUCAAAUCGGCCUUCGUGCCCAUCCUGCGGCCCCUCCCCACCUCCUCCGCGGACACCACCCAGGAGCACCCCCUGCCCAAGUCGGAAACGCCCGACUCCACCACCAUGCCGAGCUCACCGCCAAAACCCCGCUGCGAACUGAAGGCGCCCUCCUCCAAGAAGCCCCAGCUGCACGAGACCGCCCCCAGCGAACCGGCCUCGCCGGAAGCCACCAAGCUCAAAUCGCCGGACGGCAUCCUGAUCAAGCAGUCGGCCAAGUCCGUGUGGCGACCCUAUUGAGAGUACGCACGACUCUACCGCCAGGUCGCCGCCACCCUCGCGGCCAUGGCGGGGUCGCCCUGCCGGACAGGACGCCCCCAAAACAACCACAACAACUAGCUUGUAGGUCAGCUCUGGUGAUAUUAAUCUUAAUCUGUA